UUAAGUAGAGUUAACAAGAUACCCAAGAUUUCUGGGAAAAGAAUCACCAAGUUGGUCCCUCUUUUUUCAAAUAUAGGGUAAUUGGGCACUAUUACUCCUGCCCAUGGGUGACCUUGGCACCUUGUGGCUGGGCAAAGGCCAUUCCCCAAACCCCCUCCAUAGUCAGGUGUCUGGGAAAGUAUCAGGGGCAUUGAGUCUCACCUCUUUUCCAUUUUGAGGUUUAGUAGAAUUAGAACUCUCAUGGAUGGAAGUCAGCUGGUAGGAAAGAACAUCAGAGACCCUGAAGAGGGAACUCGCAUUUAGGGAAGUCUGGAAUGGUGACCUGGCAGGCACAUCAGAAGCAGAUUUUGUCCUGACCUAUUAUGUUGCUGAUACUGGAACCUGCCUGACCCCCAACCACCAUGGAAUAGCCAGAUGAUUUGGGACUUGGAAAAAUGGCUGCAGAUAGGGCUGUAGGUUUCAAAACUGUUCCUUUGGGGAAGCCGAGAGCAAUGUACCAGGUACUGAGGUCUCUGCAGCCAUCUGAACUACUCAGAGCACUGGACAAAAAUCUUUUGGAUUGUGUGGGGGACCAGUUUCCAGCACUGCCAAAACCAGAUAUGUGCGCUAAAAGAUUAUCCAAUUUUAGGUGUUUGGAAGACAAACAGUCACUGAAGCAACACUGACUUGAACAAUUGUGAAGUAGCAUCUGAGGCCCCUAGAAAAAGAUUGGACUUCCUGCUCAUUUGAGGUAGGUAGCCUGAAGUGUUAUUUGAAUAAGAAGUAAGAUUUGAUCUUCUGACUUAACGUUGCUUACACUGAUUUUUAGCAGCUUUGCCAAAUCAGUGAGACCAUGCUCAUUUAAAGGAGGUAUAAACAGGACUCUGGUGACAUUUUCUGCAAAUGCCUGGAAAAUUUCAUUUGGUUACAAAUCAACACUAGUUGCUAUGUAGUUGGCAAGAUUAUCAUAACUGUCAACGAAGAACCAGAAACCUAAUUUCUCAAGUUUUCCUGAAUUCCUGAAGACAGCACAGGCUGCAGAAAGGAGGUUAGAACAAAAAAAUAAAAAGAGGCCAAAUCUCCAAUGCCUAAGCAGUUCUGGAUCCAGCGGUCAGGACAGGGCUAGAGCCUCAAACGCCGCAAUCAGGGCGGAUCUAUCCCAGACGGAGUCACGCCUAUGUGGGCGGGGCCGUAGGGGUGGGACUUCCUGUCCGGAACAUUUUUCACUCACAGGAAGAACACAGCCACGGAUCCUGCCGGUAGUCUAGUGAUAGAGUCUGACCUCUUCCAACUUAAGACCUAGGGAUUUUUAACUGCUUUGUCCUGACUCCUGUUAAAUCUGCUCAGAAGAUGGCUGAUCCUUGGCAGGAAUGCAUGGACUAUGCAGUAACCCUAGCAAGACAGGCUGGAGAGGUGGUUCGUGAAGCUAUAAAAAAUGAAAUGAAUGUCAUGGUCAAAAGUUCUCCAGCUGAUUUGGUAACAGCUACUGACCAAAAAAUUGAAAAAAUGCUUCUCUCUUCCAUAAAGGAAAAGUUUCCAUCUCACAGUUUCAUUGGUGAGGAAUCUGUGGCAGCUGGGGAAAAAAGUAUCUUAACCGACAGCCCUACAUGGAUCAUUGACCCUAUUGAUGGAACAACUAAUUUUGUCCAUAGGUUUCCUUUUGUAGCUGUUUCAAUUGGCUUUACUGUAAAUAAAAAGAUGGAAUUUGGAGUUGUAUACAGUUGCCUGGAGGAUAAGAUGUAUACAGGCAGGAAAGGAAAGGGAGCCUUUUGUAAUGGUCAAAAACUACAGGUUUCACAACAAGAAGAUAUUACCAAAUCACUCUUGGUGACAGAGUUUGGCUCUUCUAGAACACCAGAGACUGUAAGAAUUAUUCUUUCUAAUCUGGAAAGGCUUUUGUGUGUUCCCAUUCAUGGGAUCCGAGGUGUUGGAACAGCAGCUAUUAAUAUGUGCCUUGUGGCAACUGGCGUUGCAGAUGCAUAUUAUGAAAUGGGAAUUCACUGCUGGGAUAUGGCAGGAGCUGGCAUCAUUGUUACUGAAGCUGGUGGAGUGCUAAUGGACGUGACAGGUGAGCCAUUUGACUUGAUGUCACGAAGAAUAAUUGCUGCAAAUAGUAAAACAUUAGCAGAAAGGAUAGCCAAAGAAAUUCAAGUAGUACCGUUUCAAAGAGAUGAUGAAGAUUAACUGCAACAGCCUCGCGUAUUCAGUCACGGUUCCAUUGCCCCUGUAUUUGCUGACACACUGAUGAUGUUAUAAAAUUUAGGACGUUUAUUUCAGAUGUAUAAUAUGAUUGGCUUAAGUUGUCUUUGAUAUCCAGAUUAAAAAAUUGCAGUUUGUUGUAUAUUUUACUAAGACUAGGUAUGCGAGAAUACAUGAAAUGUUGCAUUGUUUUAACAAACUUUGCUUGUGAGAGUGCGCUUUGGGAAAGAUAUACAGGUAGUUGAUAAGACAAAGUAUCAUCGACUGAAAUAGCAGUUUAGAGUUUCUAAGUAUAUAUGAGCCUCUGAAAUUCUGACUGUGUACAUAAGCAUUCUUAACUACAAAGUUAACUUUUUGGAAAAAAAUUUUAGUUCCCAAAGCCAUAUUUAAUUAAAUUUGUAAGAAUUAAUGGGUCCUUCCUAGACCAAGGUUUUUUUUCUUUGCAGAGAACCUUGUUUUAUUCAUCAGUGUACACGUAGCACCUAGCAGAGUAUUUGUUAAACAUGGGCAGUCUAAAAAUAAGCAUUCAAAAGAUAUUUUGAAAGUAGCAAUUCCUAGUUAUACAUAAAGCAAUGAGCUCACCCUUUAUUUUUACUGCAGGUGUUAAAGAUGAUCUCAUCCUUUUCAUAUUUUACAAUAUCAUUCCUUUUAACUCUUCACAUUGCCAUAUCAUUUCAAUUCCUGUACCAUCAGGUAUCCUUUCUACUUGUGGGCAUUUCUGCAGUUAAUGUUUUCCAAGACACUACAGUAUUUGUUUGGAAUCUUUUAAAGUCCCAAUGUUUAAAAAAAAAAAGUUUCAAAACAUUAUCAGGCAUCUAAUUUAAAUUCUAUAAUUAGAGUAUCAAAUUGUACUAAAUUCAGGGGCUCCUGGGUGACUCAGUUGGUUAAGUGUCCGACCUCGGCUCAGGUCAUGAUGUCACGGUUCGUGGAUUCGAGCCCCGCAGCAGGCUCUGUGCUGACAGCUCAGAGCCUAGAGCCUGCUACAGAUUCUGUGUCUCCCUCAUGCACUCUCUCAAAAACAACCAAACAUUAAAAAAAACUGUACUAAAUUCAAUAUUAAUGUUUGAAAGUUGUUCCUACUGAUCUUGUUGUGCACAGGAGACCUACAAUCUGGCAGGUAAACUGUAUUAUUAAUUGGUGUUUUUUUCCCCAAACUCCUUAAUUUUGUUGCCACUGGAUUCUAUUCAGUCUUUAAAUAUUCCUUACUAGUCUUUGUCUUAGGAAACUCAAAGAAAAUUGUUCCGGUUCAUAAACAUUUUAAGUAAGGUCAAUUGACUGCUUAGCCUUGUCCUUUGACACUUGAAUAGACUAUUAAUUUUUGUUAGUCUCAUGUGAACCUUGUAUUUGAUAAAAGGAAAAGUACAUUUAUAAAGUUUAAGGUAGGGGAUUAUUGUGCACUUCAAUAUACUAAGAUUUGAGUAUUGUAAUUAUUUACUGUUGGUCAUGUGCAGUAAAAAUAUACUGUAUUCUGUGGUUAAUUUUGCAAUUAAAUUUAUUUAAGAUUCGUAAAAUUUUAAGUAUAACUGAACAUUGUUAAAGUUUAUAGUUUAUGUUUGAGAUUUGUGUUGAGUUGUAAAUGUUGACACUUGCAGUUGUGGCUGAAUAUAUGGUCUUGGGUUUUUUUUGUCUACAGUUUUCUCAACUUUUCUAAAAGUCUUUUAGAAUAAUUUUCCAAAAAGUAGCUUUUUUUCCCCUAAAUGCAAUUAAUUAGAUAAUUUGUGGCUGAAAUUUCUUUAGACAUUGAAAAAAAGAGGUUUGACAAGUGAGUUAUCUGCCAAUAGUUUGUAAACCUUCUAGCAGUUCCUUCUAGUAUUUACCUUCAUCAUUUUAAAGGUAUAUUAAAGGAUAUUUAAAGG